CCAGGGGGCGCUGCUGCGGCACGGCGAGGCGAGCCGCGAUUGGCUGCGCGGGUCAUGUGAGGCGGAGGCCGUGCCGUUGAUAAUAAACAUGGAGUCGAUCUUCCACGAGCGGCAAGAAGGCUCAUUAUGUGCUCAACACUGUCUGAAUAAUUUGCUACAAGGAGAGUACUUCAGUCCGGUUGAGCUAUCCUCCAUUGCACAGCAGUUGGAUGAGGAAGAAAGAAUGAGAAUGGCAGAGGGAGGAGUGUCUAGCGAAGAAUAUAGAACAUUUUUACAGCAGCCUUCUGUAAACAUGGAUGACAGUGGAUUCUUCUCAAUUCAAGUUAUAAGCAAUGCCUUGAAAGUUUGGGGUUUAGAACUAAUCCUCUUCAACAGCCCAGAGUAUCAGAGGCUUGGGAUCGACCCUAUAAAUGAAAAAUCAUUUAUUUGUAAUUAUAAGGAACACUGGUUUACAGUUCGAAAGUUAGGAAAACAGGUAUUUAAGGGUAUCCAAGGGAUAAGGCAGAGCAAGUGGUUUAACUUGAACUCUCUCUUGAUGGGUCCAGAACUAAUAUCAGAUACAUAUCUUGCACUUUUCUUGGCGCAAUUACAACAGGAAGGUUAUUCCAUAUUUGUAGUAAAAGGUGACCUGCCAGACUGUGAGGCUGAUCAACUGUUGCAGAUGAUUCGAGUUCAGCAAGUGCAGAGACCAAAACUCAUUGGAGAAGAGACUGCACAAUCAAGAGACCAGAGGCUACCCAGAAGUGAUGUGGACCAAGCAAUAGAAGUUAGCCAUCCUUUUGAUGGGACAAGCAUGUUAGAUGAAGAUGAGGAGAAUUUUCAAAGAGCUCUGGCUCUAAGUAGGCAGGAAAUUGAUAUGGAAGAUGAAGAAGCUGAUCUUCGUAGAGCCAUUCAACUCAGCAUGCAAGGUAGUCGUCAAAGUGAGUUCUCAAACUCGUUACCACAGAAUGCUUCUCAGCCACCACAUACCAGUCAGACAGACUCUCCUUCUUCAGAAGAUCUGCGCAGUAGAAGACAAGCAUAUUUUGAAAAGCAGCAACAACAGCUACAGCAGCAGGAUCUGACCCUGAACCUACAUGAUAAACCAACUAUAAACUCAAGCACUCUGGAAGCUGAUCCAGGAGGUGAUAUGAGUGAGGAAGACAUGCUUCAAGCAGCUAUGAAUAUGUCUCUGGAAUCUGCUAGAAACCACUUGAGUACGGAAGAGAAUAAAUGACAUCAUGAUUUUUUCCCCUCUAUUGUCAAAACACUACGUCUCUGUUACCAUUUUACUGUGUGGAUGUUGCACAAACUGGGUUCAUUUCAGAGUUGUGGAAGCAGGAAUGAAAGGUUGGCUGGAGCUCAUAGUUUUGGGGGAAUCUUCAAAUACCGAAAAAUUGGCGCUAAUCUAAAAAACCACAGCACUCCUACUACAAGAGUAACAGUAUUGAAGUUACUGAAAUUACUCGUCAUCAAACAUACACAUCUAGCAGCUGUAACUUGCAUUUAAAAAAAAAAAUCGUUUUGAAAAAUCCUAUGAAGAACACAAAAGGUGCCAAAAACUGCUGUCAACCAGUUUUUUCCCAUACUAAUACAAAAAUAGAUAGAACUAAUAAAUUGUAUUCAUAGGUUGCUAGAUAUAAGAAAACACUUCAGAUAGGGGAAAAAAUACCCUACAUUCUGUUUAUCUUAGGUAACUUGUUUUAUGAUUCAAUCUUCGAAUGACUUGAUGUCAACUUUUUAGUCCUGCUGGUCUGCUUUUGAAAUGGCCCAUCCUGCAGGAGAAACCUAAAUCUGUAAAUGUAUUGCUUGGCAAUUAAAAUCUCCAGUGUACAGUAGAUCAUGACUUUCACUGAAAGAUUCCAGAGUACUUCUGAUGUUCUAACACUUUUUGGUUUUACUUUUAGUUUUACUUGUAGUUUCCAAGUUCAUGUUUGAGGUAGGAUUUUUGCUUUGCCGUUUUGUCUUUUGGUAAAUAACUUUUUAAUUUCUUUUUAAUGUUAGGUUUGUUGUUUUUUUUUUUUUAUACUCCUUCUGGUUAUACCACUGUUUUUAUCAUAAAAGUAUCACGAUGGGUUAAACAGGUUUUCUUUUAUAUUUCUACUUUGUUAUCUUUUCCUCUUCAAACUCAACCCUUAAUUCUGGCCUUUCAGUAUCAUAGAGCUGUAACUGAGUCUAGGAGAAAGGAAAAUGGGGAAGAUCUGGGUGCCAUAAAAUCAGUGCCACAUCCGUAAGUUGCAUUCCUGCAUUCUGCAAUGACCUCUGUGCAAGUAGCUCUUCUAAGAAUGAAUAUUUAUGUCUGUGUGGGUGCUCCUUCUGAAAUGCUUUUUGACUGUCUGUCAGAAUGUUGUAGCUUUUUCAGGAAUGGCCUUUAUUCAUGCACCUUAAAAUUUUUUAUCAUGCUGUUUCUGAUGCUGAGGAAAAAAAAACAAAGAAAACAGGGAGCAAAGGAUGGGAGAUAGGUUGUUCUAUUCAUUGUAACACAUUUGUUUUGAUACCCAGGAUGAGUGUGUGAUGGGGUGAACGAACUUGACUUCCAACUUAGUGCAAAAAUUGAUGUUUCGUUUUACUAAAUGGUGCUUGAAAUACAAUUCUGUUUACAUAUAAAUUAUAUGGAGAUAUGUUAUAGAUACAGUAUGUAAGCCGUAUUCAAUGCAUUAACAUCACAGGCAUUCUAAGAAUAUCUUUUGAAAAUAAACCCAAAUUUCUUUAUCAAAAUAUCCUAAUGUAGUAUCAUUGCACAAUAGUGACAUUGAAAAUUAGCAUGAACUGGAUGGUAGUUAGUUGAAAGUAUGCAUUCAACAUCAAGUAGUACUCACUUGAAAGGGCUCUUACCUCUCAGUAAAUAUUUGUUUACAGCGAUGGUUUCUUGAUAGGUUAGAGUGUUACAUUAUACAUAUAGUCUGAAUUCUGUUCCCUGAAUUUCCACUGCUGGUAUGUGUAGUAUGACAUGAAUUUUGACAUGACAGCACUACUUUUUAAAAAUUAAGAUUUUGUUUUGUAUAUAAUCCUGUUGUGCACAUGUCAUCUCUGUAAUGUGCUGAAGUAAUACAGCCAAGCAAUGGCAUUGAGAAGUCACAUGUGUGCAAACGCCACUUUGAAAUGCUAUAUUUUUCAGGAUGUAGAUUUCUGAUUGAAGUUUAUAUGAAACUGCAAACAGAAGUAUGUAAAGGAGUGAGUUAUUUCUUUGCUUGUUUGCAAAUUAUCCACAACUUUAAUUUUCCUUCCUUUGUUGUGCCAUAAACUGACCUUGAAACUUCUCUCCUUUUAAUAAAUAGGUUUAGGCUGGCAGAGCUUGUUAAUAUUUACUUGAUACUAAUACUUGAAAUUGAACCUUUUAUUUUCUGUUACAAGAAUAUCAUAAAAAUAUCAUUUCUGUAGCUACAUAAUGUAGCGGUCCUAUAUUUAAACAUUAAAAAAAAUCCCUUGAAUUGCA